GUAACAUAGCGAACAGUUGGUGCAGUAAACUGCAGCUAAUAAAGCAAAGUCAAGCCAAGUGCACAGGAAAUGUUAACAAAGUGCAACGGACGUACGGAAAGGUUGUUUAUAGAGUGAUAACAACAACAGUGGACUAUCUAUUUGUACCAUGGGGAUUUAGCUAUCACAAUUCACGAACAUGACUGGAAUCAGAAGGCUCCUGCAUUCGUUCAGGGCUCGAAGGGUCGCCAGGAGAUUGGCCCGCACAGAAUCUGUAUCCUUCAAUGCAUUCUGCAAUGAGGGCCCUGUUGAUCAGUACCCCACAACAAAGGAAUCCUCUUUGUGCAAACCGCCCAAGUUUGAUCAUGGAAACCAUAAUGAAUCUGCAGAGUUUAAUCCGAGAGAUGUGACCAUCUUGGAGUGCAGCCGUCCCUGCAUAGUCACAGUACUGCUGCUCCUUCUGCUCUUGGCUGUGUUUCUCAUUCUCCCUACAAUAUAUUUGCUCUAUUGCUUUGGGGUGCUUCACGUCAAUCAGCAGAAGCAUUUGACGCAUACUUUUGCGCUGAAAGAGAAGGAUCACUAUGCGCCCAAGCUCCACGACCUAUUUAAGAUCAACAGGAUUCCCGCUCAACCGUAUAAGAUUUUACCACCGCCGCCUCCUCCGAACCAAUCGCAGUGUGGCAUACCGCUGGAGGCCAGAUUCGAUUGUUACCCGGAGGAUGGGGCAACGAAGGAGAAAUGCGAGGCGCGCGGAUGCUGCUGGUUUCCCAGGAGCGCUCAGUCGCUGAAGAGGAUCAAACGGAUUCGAGAGUCCGUCGAUGUCUCGUAUUGCUUCUAUCCGAAAAACUAUGAGAGCUACAAGUUCGUGAACGUUUCCAAGACGGAUUUCGGGUUAAUCGCGUUCCUCAAGAGGAACUACCGUAGUGCGUAUCCCGACGACGUCGAGACCGUCAAGAUGAUUGUCAAAUUGGAGACUGAGGAUCGUCUUCGCAUCAAGAUUUUAGAUCCGCUGCACGUGAGAUACGAGCCUCCGUAUCCAUCGGUACCGAUCGUGGACAAAGCGCCGACCGAUUUCUCGUACAUAUUCAAAUACAACAUCUCCGCAUCCGGCUUCAAGAUUCUGCGGAGAUCCGACGAGGCCAUAAUAUUCGAUGCGAUGAACUUGCAGACGAUGAUUUUCGCCGACCAGUUCAUACAGUUCAGUUCGCUGCUGCCGAGCAAAAAUAUCUACGGUCUGGGCGAGCACAGAUCGUCGAUGAAGCUAUCCACGGAAUGGAAGAGAUUCACGAUGUUCAACCAUGAUUCAAUCCCAACCGAGGACCUCAAUUUGUACGGAAUGCAUCCUUUCUACAUGAACGUGGAAAACUCGACAAAGGCGCACGGAGUUUUUCUAUUGAACAGCAACGCGAUGGAGGUUAUUCUUCAGCCGUAUCCUGCUAUAACGUACAGGACUAUUGGAGGAAUCUUGGAUUUCUACAUAGUUUUAGGUCCGAGUCCGCGCGAUGUCGUCCGACAAUACACGGAGAUCAUCGGAAGACCAUUCAUGCCGCCCUACUGGGGCCUUGGUUUCCAUCUCUGCAGAUUUGGAUACAAAACUUUAAAUGAAACGCGUAAAGUAAUGCAGAGAACCAUCGAUGCUGGAAUUCCUUUGGAUACGCAAUGGAACGAUCUGGAUUACAUGAACAACAGCAACGAUUUCACUUACGACAAAACCAAUUUCAAGAAUCUGCCCAAAUUCGUGGAGGAAUUGCACAAAAACGGAAUGCAUUACAUUCCUUUGAUUGAUCCCGGAAUUAGCGCGAGCGAAGUCAAAGGAAGCUACGUCCCGUUCGAUAAGGGUCUUGCCAUGGACAUAUUCGUGAAGAACUCUUCGGGUUUACCAUUCGUGGGAAAAGUUUGGAAUAGGGCUACAACUGUUUGGCCUGACUUCACGAAUCCAAAUUCUGUUGAUUACUGGACGUCCAUGCUGAAGAUACUUCACGAUUCCGUACAGUUCGAUGGAGCUUGGAUCGAUAUGAACGAGCCGUCCAAUUUCCUCUCCGGCUCAUUCGACGGAUGUCCGAACAAUCAUCUCGAGCAUCCGCCCUACCUUCCAGCAAUUGACGGUGGAAUGCUCUUUUACAAGACCAUCUGCAUGUCUGCGAAUCACACAAUCGGACUCCACUACGACGUACACAACCUAUACGGAUUUAGCGAAGCGAUCAUCACCAACUUCGCAUUGGCCGAGAUCAGAGGCAAAAGACCAAUGAUCAUUUCCCGAUCCACGUUCCCUGGUCACGGAAAAUACGCUGGACAUUGGAGCGGAGACGUUUACUCAAAGUGGACGGACAUGCGAUAUUCCAUUCCUCAACUAUUGAGCUUCAGUCUGUUUGGAAUACCAUUGAUGGGAGCAGACAUUUGCGGAUUCAAUGGAAAUGCGACGGCGACAUUAUGCAAUCGUUGGAUGCAAUUGGGCGCUUUCUAUCCAUUUUCCAGAAACCAUAACACUGAUGAUGGAAUUGAACAAGACCCGGUCGCUCUGGGUCCGGACGUAAUCGAGUCAUCGAAGAAAGCUUUAUCAAUUAGGUACUCGAUGUUGCCGUACUUGUACACGCUCUUCUGGGCCGCUCACACUAGAGGUGAUACCGUCGCUCGACCACUCUUCUUCGAAUUUCCUAAUGAUUGGAUAACUUAUGAUAUUGAUAAGCAAUUCCUGUGGGGUUCUGCGCUGAUGAUCAUUCCCGUCUUGACUGAGAAUCAAGUGAGCGUGUCGUGUUAUGUGCCUGCUGCGACUUGGUACGAUUUCUACACCUUCAAAAUGCUGAACGUGAGCGAAGGAAAGACCAUGGAAAUGGCAGCACCAUUAGAUACCAUUCCGCUUCUGAUCCGUGGCGGCAACAUAAUUCCUCAGCAAUCGGCGCUCCAAACCACGACUGCCUCAAGAAUGACCAAAUUUCAGCUUCUUGUAGCGACAAACGAGAGUCAGAAGGCUUUCGGUGAACUGUACUGGGACGAUGGUGAUUCGUUGAAUUCGGCCGAGGAACGAAAAUAUUGCUUGUUGGAGUUCACCAUGGACGGGCAGAAGUUGACAUCGGAUGUCAUCCAUUGGGGAUUCGAGGCACCGCCCAAUCUGGGCGUGGUCAAGGUUUUGGGUAUAUCCGCCGUGACGAAGGUAUACGUGAACAAGGUGGACCAACCGUUCGAUUACAACACCAUCAACAAGUAUUUGUUGAUCAAGGACUUGAAUGUAGACUUAAAGAAGCCCAUGGAAGUUACAUGGACAUAUUAGGAAUCAGCUUCGAAGAGCUUCGUCA